AUUGCUUCCCAAAACUUUGACACCCACAAUUGUUUCAUACAUUUAUUCCACAACCAUUUUCUUGUUCGACAAAAUGGGAAGCCCCCUUUCCGAGUUUAUUUCAUCCUCAGAACCAUUUUCAUAUUCUAAAGAGUUCAAGCCUAUGAACCCUGAAGAGUUUCGCGACAAAGCCCAUAAAGCGGUCGAUUUCAUCACUGAUUACUACAAAAAUGUUGAAACCUUCCCGGUUCUAAGCCAAGUUCAGCCCGGUUACCUUAAAAAUCUGCUACCAGAAACCCCGCCCAACACCCCUGAAUCAUUUGACACUAUCCUAAGAGAUGUACAAAACGUUAUUAUCCCUGGUAUGACACAUUGGCAGAGUCCAAACUUCUUUGCAUAUUUUCCUGCUACCAUAAGUUCAGCUGCGUUUGUUGGCGAAAUGCUAUGCACUUGUUUUAAUGCGGUUGGGUUCAAUUGGAUCGCUUCGCCUGCUGCGACCGAGCUUGAGAUGGUGGUGAUGGAUUGGCUUGCUACUAUGCUUCACCUUCCGAAAAGCUUCAUGUUCUCUGGUUCUGGAGGUGGGGUUUUGCAAUCCACCACAAGCGAGUCGAUUUUGUGCACCCUUGUUGCGGCAAGAGAUCGUGUGCUUAAUGAAAUUGGAGUUGAACAUGUUUGGAAGUUAGUCGUGUAUGGGUCUGAUCAAACUCACUCUACAUACAAGAAAGCAUGCAAGCUUGCUGGUAUUGAUCCACGAAACAUACGGUCUAUAUCGACACGAGUGGAGGACGAGUUUUCUCUUUCUCCUAUCGCCCUUCGAGAGGUUAUAGAAGCUGACCUCAAAGAAGGGUUGGUCCCUGUUUAUCUGUGUGUUACAACGGGGACCACUUCCACGACUGCAGUGGACCCCAUUAAAGAACUUGCUGAGGUGGCAAGCAAGUAUCAUAUAUGGGUCCACGUGGACGCGGCUUACGGUGGAAGUGCAUGCAUAUGUCCCGAAUAUCGACAUUUUCUGAAGGGAAUUGAGAAGGUCGACUCACUGAGUUUGAGCCCACAUAAGUGGCUACUCAGUUACUUGGACUGUUGUUGCCUGUGGAUAAAAAGCCCUAAAUUGUUUGUUGACGCGCUGAGCACCAAUCCCGAGUACUUGAGAAACAAACAUAGUGAGUCCGACUCGGUUGUGAGUUACAAAGAUUGGCAAGUUGGGACGGGCCGAAGGUUCAAGUCUUUACGUUUAUGGUUCAUCAUACGUAGUUAUGGUGUUGAAAACCUACAAAAUCACAUUCGGGCAGACAUCCAAAUGGCAAUAACGUUUGAGAAGCUUGUAAGAUCAGAUGUAAAGUUCGAGAUCGUUGUUCCACGAAGGUUUUCCUUGGUAUGUUUCCGGUUAAAACAAUUAAAUGGGUUCGACUCCAACUGCACUGAGUUUGUAAACAAAAUGCUACUUGAGCGAGUCAACUCGACAGGCCAAGUUUACUUGACUCACACGGUGGUUGGUGGGAUUUAUAUGUUGAGGUUUGCAGUUGGAGCCACACUCACAGAAGAACGCCAUGUGAUAAGUGCUUGGGAGUUAAUAAAGGAGAUGGCUAAUACCAUGGUGAAAGUUGAUAGUUAGAAGUAUCGUGACAAUCUUGCUUUGACGUAAUAAAAAGUUUAUUAAUUUGAAUAGUUUCUUUUUUAAUUGAAAAUAAAGAUCCAUUGAGAAUAGCCCAAUGGUGUUGAUGAGCUAGAUAAGGUAUAGAAUAGUAGGAGGUCAUGGGUUCAAUCCCCAUGGUAUGUAACUUUAGCCAUUAAAAAAAUUGAAAAUAAAGAGUGCCACGUUGUAUUGGAACGCAUUCGAUUGUUUGUUUGAA